CACGGCUUACCUUCUUCUUCUACUCGCACGGCCAAGCCACAAGCGUUUGCUCGUCACCAAAGCAGCUUCAGCAUCUCCGGCUGAGUUCUUACUACGACCUUUCAAUUCAAGCACACGCGUCAUGGCUCUCUUGUCUAGCGCUCUCAACAUCUUCGGCGCUGUACUGUUGGCACAUGCCGUAUACAGUGCUUACGAACACUCGACCCUAGCCACCCUCGCAGGCGCCGUCCCCCUGUCUCCCGUCCACUCAUACAUCAUCCCGACAAUCGAUCUGCCGCUGGACAUCACCUUGGAGACCUUGACAGCUGUCCUGUUGCUCUGUGUCGGCAUCGUGAUCGGCAGUCCUGAGCUGAAGCCCAUUCAAUGGCGCGUAUGGGCGGGCAAGCUGGAGAGGGAGAAGAGCUCGAAGACCGAGAGCAUCAACGGAGACCCGCUGGGCCCUAGAGGAAACCCGUACGCUGCGCUGGAGCAGAGACAGGGCUUCCUGGACAUCAGAAGUCAGCGCAAGGACUUUGCCGAUUGGGUCAAGAGUGGCAGCAGUAAGAUGUGAUGGAUUGGUCAUGUUGUACAUAGCCCGAAGCUGUAUUGCCAUGUUCAAAGCAAUCGAGACAUGCUUCUCUUGCACGCUACACGGAUCAUUCCGAUUCCAAGACCCAAG